AUGCUCUCCUGGGCCAUCCCAGCCUUCGCAGUUCUUCUGUGUCUCCUCGUAUGUCUCCUCAGAUGUCACCGCCGAUCCUCCGAGACUAGCAACCGGACGCCGGGUUUCAUCUAUUAUGCCACUACCACUCUCAGGCAACACCAUACUACCAACUUAGAGCUCCUCGUGCCCCUGCCGACCGACUACGCCGCCUUCAAACCCACGAUCUUACGCGAUUUUGGCAAGGAUAGUCAUACUGAUUUGGGUACGUCGCAUUUACAGGGCGAAGACAUCCCACAGCCCUCGCGGAGCUCGUCGCGUCGGCCGACGUUCGUCAUACAACCUUGCGCCCUCUCCCCCGACAUUCCUAUCUCGCCUCCUACGCUUAAUUGCGCACCCCCUUCUGAGAGCGACAGCAGACCUUCAACCUCAAGGGGAGAGCCGGCUCAUAUGCACGAUGUCGACGAGGUGGAUUUGGACGGUAGCCAGGAUGUCUCGCAUGCAACGUCUACCGCUAAUCGUCAAGGUUCUCCAGGCCUGAUAUUAAUCAGACAUCCGAAUACCCGAUCCGUCGACGGCGAGACGUACGACUCCCCGUUCUUCGAGAUCGAAGGUACAAAUCCCGUCGACAGUCCACCCGAUUUCACCCCGGAUGAAGAUGUUCAACUAGGAGACGUCUUCUACUACCGCUACAAAGGAAAUAGCGCUAAGUCUAGGCUAUGGAUAUGGUGUUUCGACACGGUUCAAGGUGUGCGCAACUGGAAGCGCGUCAAGAUCGGACAGAGGCGCGAGGACGGCAGGCGGCUCACGUUGAGCGAGUCACGAAAGAACCCCUCCUGGGUGAGCAAGGCAUGGUUCGCGCGGCGCGGUAUCCAGAAUCGUCUUUAG